CUGCUUUGGACUGAACUGUCUGCAGAGUGCAGGGUUAGAGGACACAAAUCUGCAGUGAACUACUGGCAGUGCCCGGGAGACGACUGAACCGAGCGGAAACAUCCCGGGCCACCCCCCUUCCAAAACCUGGGAUAUUAUUAUUAUUUUCAAUGUCAGUGUAGAAACCGGCGGAUUUCCGAACAUCUGUCCCGCUCUGAUACGGCAGGAGGAAAUCUGCAAUGUUCCUGUUUUCUGGACCACUUUUAAAUGAUCGCCGAGCAAGGAGAAGCAAGAAGGGAGAACAACGAAAAAAAAGCUCGCCGAUCUGAGCUGACGAAUGCUGAAGCAAUGGAAAGUGUCAGUUUGUGGCGUUUUGCAGCGCUGGGGCUGUUACUGUUGCUCACUCAGUGCCCUCAGUCUAUAACAGCCCAGAACGGAAAGAAACGUCAAAAAUGCAAUGAACAGAUAAAGCUGACAACAGCCACGGCCUGUACCUCCUGUGCAAUAAGCCAAAAUCUCUUGUGUCCUCGAGGCUUCCAGAAGAUCACUCAAGACUUCGGGAUCAGAGACUGCAGUUUUACUGUGGAUCUGGGUGGAGAACAGCUGAUUCGACAAGUUGGUUGCAGACACCUGUGCACAAAAAUGGCCACAGUAUUCGAAUGUUGUGCAGGAUUCUGGAGUCAGGACUGCCUAGAAUGCCCUGGUGGGUCAACAAACCCUUGCAAUGGACAUGGUACAUGUUUAGAUGGAGUUUCAGGGAAUGGAACCUGCAUUUGUGAGCCAAAGUACAAAGGAAGUGCCUGUGAGGAGUGUGCAGAUGAGGAAGCUUACGGCCCUGAUUGUGUUUUGGGAUGCAGGUGUGUACAUGGAAUCUGCAGCAAUGGGAUCACUGGAAAUGGAAAGUGCACUUGCUUUUCUGGUUACACUGGGCCACAAUGUGAUCAAGAGGCCCCUGAUUGCAAGUCACUGCAAUGUGGAAAUAACACACAGUGUGUUGAAGAAACAGUAGGGAAAUUCACCUGCAAGUGUCUGCCUGGUUUUCUGGAGUCCGAAAGGGCCUGUAAGGCAAUAGAUCCAUGUACUGCAAACAUCUGUGACAAGAAUGCAGUCUGCCAAUACCAUGGAGAAGGAAAAUAUAAAUGUACCUGUCAUCUUGGCUACCAUGGAAAUGGAAAGAUUUGUUUACCAGUCAAUCCUUGUAGUAUAGAUAAUGGUGGGUGUCCAGAAAAUUCUACUUUGUGCGUCUAUGAGGGACCAGGGAAGUCUUCUUGCAAAUGCAAAGAUGGAUUUGUCGCCACAAAUUCUUCACAGGGUUGCAUCUUGAAAGAUGUCUGCAAGCCGUCGCUCUGUAAUAAGACAGCGAAGUGUGUAACUGUGUCACCUGGAAAUUUUGAGUGUGCCUGUAAACCAGAUGAGAUUGGAGAUGGCCGUAAAUGCAUUGGUCCCAUGAGGGAGGUGAUCCAAAAGCUUAUCACUAACCAGUACAGCACUGCAUCACUUGCAAUGUUUGAUAAUGGAUGUACAUCAACAUUGAGUAACAUGGGACCUUUUACAGUCUUUCUUCCUCUAGUCAAGAAACUGAAAAACAACCAGGUAAUUGAUACAAGCAAAUUUUCAUGCAAGCAGCACAUUGUACCUGGUGUUUUACUACUCGAGGACUUUAAAAAUAUUACAACCUUUGAAACAUUGACUGGUGAUACGGUUGAAGUGAUCCAGGCAAGAAAGUACUUUCAGCUUAUAUUUCAAAAUAAAAGGUACAACAUCAUGAGGGGCAACAAAGCAGCAUCGAAUGGAAUCAUUCACACGAUUGACCGGUUUUUAUCUGGAAACAUUGAAAAUCUCGGGGAUCCACAGAAAACUGUUGCUGAUAUUCUUGCUGCAGGACAGCUGUUUAGUAGGUUUGAAACCAUUCUUGAGAAUUGUGAUCUCCCUUUCAUUUUGGAUGGCCCUGGUCCUUACACAGUCUUUGUGCCGAGUAAUGAUGCAGUGGACAAGAUGAGAGAUGGAACAUUAUUCUAUAUGUUUGGUGAGGGUCGGCCAAAACUUCAAGAGCUUGUGAAACAUCAUAUCUUUGCAUCUGGCAAUUUGCCAGCAGACAGAUUAUCAACUAUGCCUCGAAUCUUGACAAAGGCAAACCAGAUAAUAACCAUCAAUGUUACCGUUAACGGCCAGAUUUUGUUGGGUGACAAGGGUGUUCCUUUACAUAAAAGAGAUAUUAUUGCUUCAAAUGGCAUCAUUCACACUUUGGAUGGCAUCCUUAUUCCUCCUUCAAUUCUUCCCAUCUUGCCAAAAAGAUGUGAUGAAAUUCGCUAUCGCAUAAUAACGGCUCCUUGUGGAGACUGUUCCUCAUUGAAUGAGAGCCAUUGCCCAGAGGGAAGCACACCAAUGGAAACAUAUGUACAAAAUUGUGUGUACGAUAAGUCAAUUGAUGAUGUUAUCUACAGUCGGAACUCUGGUUGUGCUAGACACUGCAACCAGACCAUUGUUAAACCAGGAUGCUGUAAGGGGUUCUUUGGUCCUGAUUGCAAGCCUUGCUUAGGUGGUUUUAAAAAUCCAUGUUAUGGACACGGACAAUGCAUUGAUGGCUUAGAAGGAGAUGGUUCAUGCAAGUGCUAUUCAAGUUUUAAAGGAAUUGCCUGUCACAUUUGUUCUGGUUAUAAUAAACAUGGAGAAAACUGUGACCAAGAUUGCCCUUGUUUGCAUGGGAUUUGUGAUAACAGACCUGAAAAUGGAGGGAUUUGUCAGCCUGGUACUUGUGAAGAGGGUUUUACAGGUAUAUUCUGUGACAAGAAGACAGAGUCUUGUGGCCCAAGUGGAUUAUCCCAAUUUUGUCAUGCAUUUGCUGUGUGCGAAUAUGACAAUGGCACUGCCAGAUGCGUAUGUAAGAAUGGCUACGAGGGUGAUGGGAUUUCCUGUCAAGUAGAGGAUCUUUGCAAAAAGCCUGACCGCGGAGGAUGUGCUGAGAAUGCAGAGUGUUUCAGUCUGGGUCCUGGGAAUAUAACCUGCCAAUGCAACACUGGAUGGACUGGAGAUGGGAGAGUCUGUGCUGAAAUAAAUGAAUGCUUAUUGAACACCCGAGGAGGUUGUGAUGACAAUGCUGACUGUCAGUAUAUUGGACCUGCACAGAGUCGCUGUACGUGUAAGAGAGGAUUUGCUGGUGAUGGCAAGAAGUGUACCCUCAUUAAUCCAUGCCUGGAAGAGAAUGGUGGAUGCCAUGUAAUGGCUGAAUGCGAACCUACUGAGAAUGGAAAUCGCAAGUGUACCUGCUUUAAAGACUAUGCUGGAGAUGGGAUUAAAUGCUUUGGGGACAUACUAACAGAGCUGGCAUCAAGUGCCUACUUUUCAGGAUUCAAUAGCUGGCUCAAGAAGUCCUUGCAUAGUAUGGAAUUCCCAGCAGGAGCUAAUAUGACUGUUCUCGUGCCAUCAGAGACUGCCAUAAACAAUAUGGAUAAGGCUGCCAUUGAAUCUUGGGAACAGACAGACAGACUACUGUCCAUAGUCAAGUCACAUUUUAUUAUGGGUGGGCUUGCUGUUGAUGAUUUAAAGGAAUAUGAAGGACAGAACUUACCAACAAUGAACAUAUUAACCAGGUUAUUAAUCAAGAAUGAAAAUGGGAAUCUGACGAUCGGUGGGGCAAGAAUUGUCAUUCGCAAUAUCCCCGCAGUAAAUGGAUACAUUCAUAUCAUUGAUAAGAUUUUGUUCCCUUCUUCAGAAGAUUUACCACCACUUCUGCCUAGCUUGCUUGAUCUUCUAGAACGACUGCCUCAGUACUCUCAUUUCAAACAAUUAUUGCAGCACUACCAUCUAAUUGAUGAGAUAGAGUCAUCCGAACAGUACACUAUACUAAUGCCAGAAGACGCAUCAAUUGAAGAGUACUACAGAGUUCAGGAUAGUGAACAACUGGAUGUCAGUUCUGUGCAGUAUCACAUUAUUCUUGGGGAGAAGUUCCAAUAUGAUAAAAUUAAGGACGGAAUUCAUCGAGGAACUAUGAUGGGAUCAUCCUAUCAAGUAAUAUUUUACCUUAAGCAAGAUAAGAUUUUUGUAAAUGACAUUGCAUUAAAUGGUUUUCACAAUGAGACAAGAAAUGGAAUCUUACUGGGAACAACUCAAGUUCUUCAAAUACAGAAGAAUAGAUGUGACACCAAUAACACUGUAACUGUAGAGGGAGUAUGUGGCAGCUGCGAUGAUAAUCCCAUCUGUCCUCAAGGGACAACCCCAAUGGAGUUUGCUGGUGAUGUUCGAACACACACCUGCUUUUAUAAAGAGUUUCGAAAUGGCAAAGGUGUGGAACUUUCUGGCUGCAAGCCCAGCUGUGUUAAAGUAACCAUAACUUUAAAAUGCUGUUUUGGAUACUUUGGAUCAAAGUGUCAGAUGUGCCCUGGGAAGCCAGAUGCUUGGUGCUCCAAUUUUGGCAUUUGUCAGGAUGGCGUCAAUGGAACUGGAGAGUGUCUGUGUCGUGAAGGAUUUCAAGGGACUGCCUGUGAAUCUUGUGAGGCUGGUAGAUAUGGGCCACAUUGUGAACUGGAAUGCCUGUGUGUAAAUGGGAAGUGUAAUGAUGGACUUGAUGGUGAUGGAACUUGUAACUGCUUCAAAGGCUGGAGAGGCAUCAAUUGUGAUGUUGGAAUUGUAAAUGAUUACUGCAAUGGCACUUGCCAUCCCAAUGCUAAUUGCCUUCUAGGAUCACCUGACUCUCUGGCCUCCUGCAUCUGUUCUGCUGGCUACACUGGAAAUGGAACAUACUGCUCAGAAAUCAACCUCUGUGAGGUUAAUAAUGGUGGCUGUUCAGUGCACUCCAACUGCACCAAUGUUUCUGCAGGAGAGAGAACAUGCACUUGUCAUGAUGGUUACACUGGUGAUGGGCUAAUCUGUUUAGAAAUUGAUGGUUGUAAAGAAGGAAAUGGGGGUUGUCAUGAGAAAGCAGAGUGCACCAAAACAGGACCAAAUCGGGUCGCCUGUAAUUGUUUCCCUGGAUACUCUGGAGAUGGCAGAAAUUCCUGUGUACCCAUCAACCCUUGUGAAAAGAACAAUGGAGACUGUGGACCAUUUGCCAGCUGCGAAGCAACAGGGCCAGGAAUUCGAAAAUGUACCUGCAGGAGGAACUACAUUAAGGUUGGACUUUCUUGUCGAGGCAAAAUUUCACAGGAACUUGUCCGGGAAUCAGAUGCUGCAUUGUUUUACAAAUAUCUUCAGGAAAAUGAUAUCAAAGAACUUAAUGGUAAAGGACCAUUCACUGUGUUUGUGCCAAGACCUGACACACUUACUCAGGAUAACACGAUGGAAGAAUGGAAAACACGUGGUUUGAUUGGAGAUUUACUUCGAUAUCACAUAGUAGGCUGUGGGAAACUUCACUACGAUGAUCUAAGGAAACAGAGUUCCCUCAUUGCUUUAUCUGGAAAUGCCAUUCAGGUCUCCUGGAAACAGAAUGCAAUUUACUUGAAUGGAGAUGCACAGAUCAUCAGUUCUGAUUACAUUGCAACAAAUGGAAUUGUCCAUUACAUCAACAAGAUCCUAGUUCCAUACAACUUAACGUCCAUCAACCGAUUAGUCACACUACCUCUGCACAACAUCAGCACAGUUGCAAAUGCUAAUGGAUACAAGAUUUUUAGUACUUUGAUCAAGGAAACAAAUCUGCUACCUCUACUGGAAGAUCCAAUCCACAGACCAUUCACCAUGUUCUGGCCAAUGGAUGAAGCUUUUAAUUCUCUACCUAAGGAGAGGCAAGAUUGGCUUUAUAGUAUUGAAAACAGACACAACCUUGUGGCGUACUUAAAAUUUCACAUGAUCAGGGAUUCAAAGACUUUAGCAGCAGACCUUCCACUCAUUAGCAGCAGGAGGACCAUGCGAGGAUCAGUUAUUUCAGUCCGCUGCAGCAGAACUAUAAUUGGACAUCUGAUUGUGAAUGAUGGAAGUGCUCAGAUUGUUCAGAGACACCUGGAAUUUGAUGGUGGGAUUGCAUAUGGCAUCAACAAUAUCUUGGAACCUCCACAUAUAGGAGCUCGAUGUGACGCACUUACGAUGCACCAUGCCCGUGGUCCCUGUGGUAGUUGUUUGAAUCCUCCUGCCUGUCCUCUUGGAACAAAACCACAGGAUGGUUCUGAUUACCAAAGCUGUUGGUACAACCAAGCGAACAGACCAGGCAGACACCUUCGGGAGCAGUUUGGUGAUCGGCUGAAUACUGUUGUAUUUCCCUAUAAACUGAUUAGAGGAAAAUGGAUUCGUCAAGGUCACCUCCAUGCAACACGUGGCUGCAGCAGACAAUGUGUUAAUCCCCUUUGGAUUCCCCAGUGUUGCAAAAAUCAUUAUGGGCCUUACUGUCAAGUGUGUCCUGGAGGAAUACAGUCACCUUGUAGUUCUCAUGGAAGUUGUAAUGAUAGAAGACUCGGAAAUGGAAUGUGCCAGUGCUCAGUGGGCUUCAGUGGAACAGCCUGUGAAUUGUGUGAAGCUCGUAGAUAUGGACCAAACUGCAAAAAAUGUAAUUGCACAGAAAAUGCAAUCUGUGAUGAAGGAAUUUCUGGUGCUGGAACCUGUUUCUGUAAAGAGGGAUGGACUGGAAAAUACUGUGAAACAAGAUUUGCUGUAAAAUCUGCAUGUUUCCCAAAGUGUGAUCGCAAUGCUGUUUGCAGAAGUGACAACAUCUGUGAGUGUAAUCCAUACUAUGAAGGUGACGGAAGAAAAUGUACAGUGGUUGACCGCUGCAAGACCAAUAAUGGAGGCUGCCAUCAAUAUGCUGCCUGUAGUCAAAGUGGGAUUAACAUAACCUGUACUUGCCAACCAGAGCACGAGGGUGAUGGCUAUAUCUGCAGCCCCAUUGACCGAUGUGUCGAUGGCAGGAAUGGUGGAUGCAGCGAGCAUGCAAUAUGCAUCAAUAUUGGACCAAACAAACGGAGGUGUGAAUGCAAAGAAGGAUUCAGAGGUGACGGUAUCCAAUGUUUAGUAAAUGCCAAACCACCAGUAGAUCGUUGUCUUGAAAGGAAUCUAUGUCAUUCUCAUGCCUUUUGCAAUGAUCUCCAUUUCCAAGAUAAAACAGCUGGAGUAUUCCAUUUGCAGUCACCCACUGGGAAGUAUAGAUUUACCUUUGAAGGUGCAAUAGCUGCCUGCAACGCUGAGGGGGCUACUCUGGCAAGUUUUGAUCAACUUGCUACUGCCCAACAGUUUGGUUACCACCUUUGUGUUAUUGGAUGGAUGGCUGAUAAGAAAGCAGGAUAUCCCACAACCCACAUAAAUCCUAACUGUGGCUCUAACAAGAUUGGUAUAAUGGAUUAUGGAGUGCAAACAAAUCUCAGUGCGCUUUGGGACGCUUACUGCUUUAGAGAGCAAGAUAUUCAGUGUGUAUGUAAGGAAGGCUUUGUGGGUGAUGGUUAUUCCUGCAAUGGGAACCUUGUGGAUGUGCUCUCCAGUAACUCCAAUUUUUCAGUCUUUUAUUCUAAAUUGUUAGAUUAUGCCAAUGCCACUGAAGAAGGAAUGAAAUUCCUGGAAUUCCUAUCAGAUGAGACAACCAAUGAAACUUUGUUCGUGCCCUUAGAUUCUGGUUUUGGAGUAAAUGAGACCUUGCCAUGGAGGGAUCUUGAAAACCAUAUCUCCAGGAACAAUAGUUUUAUCUACUAUGAUGAGUUGAGUGCUGAUACACUCAUUUCAUCCAGGCUGGGAUAUGAUCUUCUCAUUGAUGAAACUGGAUCUGCAAAUCAGACCCUCUUCAGUGUAAGUGAUAGUAGAGCUUUUCUAUUGAAAAGUCAACACCUGCUGCCUUUAAAUUUGAAAAAUGUCAUAUAUUAA